UAUGGUCACAGGUGAACACGCAUUUCAACAUAGACUAACUCGAUCACGACUGACUGCUAAACAACAGCCCGACUUUUGUUUCAGACUGCGGUCGAAUUGUUUAGGGGUUAAGUGUUAUGGUAAUCACCGGUAGCAUUGUCAAACAAAAAGAGGAAGUGAUUCGUUUUGAUGAAAAUAUAAAAGUGGAGUGCCUGUUGGAGCCAUAAUUAUACCUCAAUGGCGUGGUUUAAAAAUACUUUCUUGAACAGUCCAUACAAAAUCCGAGGUAUACAAGAACAGAAGUAUGGAGUCUCGGUCAAUAGUUUGGACAAAUUAAUUUCGGAGGGAUGUAAAAAAUUGAAUAUGAACGCUGAUGAAGUCAGCGUGGUUCUGGAAGAAGAUGGUACACUUGUAGAUAGUUCCUAUUUUAAAACAUUACCUCCACAGACAGUUUUUGUCUUACUUAAGAAAGAUGAGAAAAUGGCCAGGCAUAACAAACAAUAUCCAAAAUAUCUUCAGGGCAAUUUCUGAGCAUAAUUUAGAUCUACAUGAUUUUUUGAAGCCUGAUGUUCUAGAAAAAUUGUGGAAGAAAGAAACUCGAGAUGACAAGUCGUGCUUGGAACUUCGAAGUGAAGAUGAAAAUUGGUUUGCAGGAGUUAGAGAGUCAUUUAAAACCAAAUCAGAAUAUAUGAAUUACAAAGCACAGAGCCGUGUAAAGAAAUAUUAUAGUGAUGCAAGUGCCAAACUCAAGAAAGAUGUCGAUCAAGAGGUUUCUGAAGAUAUUCGUGAACUCGUAAACCAACUGAAAAAUAAACUUGAGAAGAAUUCUUAUCAGGGAACAUAUUUUGAUCGGACUGCUUUGGAAACUGAACGGAUUUGUAACUCAGAUGGCUUGUUCGAAUGUGAAGGGAAGUUUGAUGAAAGUACAUGUGAAAACUCACAUAUGAUCAACCCUUAUUCAUCCAGGCAAAACUGUCUGAUGUUUGGUAUGUGGGAUCUGGAUCAUAUAAUUGAGAAGACUCGGGUUGUUAUACCAAUGGUGUUAAAGGCAGCUAAGAUGAAAAAAACAAAGCAGAUAUUGUCAUGUGAUAAAAUUUAUAAUCUUUUGUUCACCAGGCAUAAUCUUAAACUGGUGUUCCGGGAAUGUCACAGUAAAAAAUCUCGUGUUUCCACCCUUGACUGGAAAACUUUAUAUUUAUGAUUUGUAAAUAAAAGAGGGGUGUUUUAGUAAUUUG